GACUCAAGUCUUCUGCGCACUACGUACAGACUCAGCCCAAACCAAGAGAGUCUAAUCUUUCACUUCCACUAUAUAUAUAUAUAACCCGCGUCAACACCAUUGUCAUCCCCACCGCCACCACUCAAACCCUUCUUUCUCGCGCGCACUACGAUCAACCAUGCAAAUAGAAAGGCCAUCCCUUCUCUUCCUCUGCUUGAGUUUUCUGUUGGUGCAGUCAUGCAUGUUUCAGCUGUCUCAAUCGACUUUCAGUAACUUUACUGAUCGAUUAGCUCUCAUUACCUUCAAAUCCAAUCUCAGUUCUAGUCCAAACCAAACUGUCCUGGCUGCUAACUGGUCCACAGCAACCAACUUCUGCAACUGGAUUGGGGUCUCGUGUAGCCGGCGCAGGCAAAGAGUCACCGCUUUGGACCUUUCCUACAUGGCCUCCAAGGCAGCAUUUCUCCUCACAUUGGUAAUCUCUCCUUCCUCGUCUCGCUUGAUCUAAGAAACAACAGCUUCUCCAGCUUUCUGCCCCAUGAGAUCGGUCGCCUCCGCCGCUUGAGAAUACUCCAGUUGUCAUCCAACCUAUUGGAAGGUAAUAUCCCUCCCACUUUGCAUUACUGUUGGAAGCUUCAAAAAAUAGAGCUUAGCACGAACCAUCUUGUGGGUGCCAUUCCGUCGACCCUCGGCAAUAUUUCUUCGUUAGAGUACUUGAAUCUGCAAUUCAACAGCCUCACUGGUCCACUUCCUUUUGCCAUCUUUAACAUAUCCUCUCUAACCAAAAUUGGUCUUACAGAAAAUCAAAUUUUGGGAACUCUUCCAAUGGAUCUGUGCAGCCACUGUCCUAAACUUCAAGAACUUAAUCUUACGGACAAUAAAUUCAGCGGUCGGCUCCCUUCACAGAUGAAUUAUUGCACAGAACUUGUAGUCUUGUCGUUAUCAUACAAUAAAUUUGAUGGGACCAUUCCAAAAGGCUAUGGGAGUUUGGAAAAGCUUAAAUAUCUGGUUCGUGGAGGCAACAACUUAACUGGUAAUAUACCUCCUACCAUAAGUAACUUGUCGAGGUUAGUUGAGUUUGGAAUUGAGAUAAACAACAUUAAAGGAAGCAUUCCCAGUGAUUUAUGGCGUCUUCCAAAUCUGUAUAAAUUGAAUUUUGGAUCCAAUGAUCUCAUUGGGGCAAUCCCCCAAAGCCUUUUCAACAGUUCCUCUCUACGACAACUCCUCUUGACCAAUAAUUCCUUUUAUGGAAAUCUUCCAUUUGAUAAUGGCCUUUCUUGCCCUAAUAUUGAAUAUGUGGUUUUUGGUAUGAACCAAUUUAGUGGUCGGAUCCCAUCAUGUCUUUCAAAUUGUUCCAAGCUUUCCAUUGUAGAUUUUCAUACAAACUUACUCUCUGGGCCAAUACCCACAAGUCUUGGACGCUUAAAAAACCUUGAAGAAAUUUAUCUGAAUAACAAUCAGCUAAUAGCAGAGCCAGAAGAUCAAGAGCUUAAUUUUCUUUCAUCAUUAUCUAAUUGCAGAUAUUUGAAAAUGUUGUCCAUAUCAAAGAAUCCCUUGGAUAUUACUCUUCCUCGUUCCAUUGGAAACUUUUCUGAUUACCUUAAGUCCAUUGUUGCAUCUGAAACCCAAAUAAAGGGUCAUAUUCCUAUGGAAAUCGGUUCCUUGAAAGGCUUGAACUGGCUUCAUUUGAGCAGUAACAAUUUGACAGGAAGCAUACCGUCCACGAUUGGGGGAUUGGAGAGUUUGCAAAGAUUGUAUCUUGAUAUUAAUAAGAUUGAAGGAUUCACUCCAGAAGGCGUAUGUCAGUUAAAGAACAUAGGCGAGUUAGAUCUCUCAACAAACAAAAUCUCUGGAUCCAUCCCAAAUUGCAUGUCAAAUCUCAGUCAUUUGCAAUAUCUAAACCUUAGUGUUAAUAGAUUGGAAUCAUCACUACCAUUAAAUUUAUGGAGCCUUGAAUAUCUACGGGUUUGGACCUUUCAUUGAAUGCCCUUGGUGGGGAUUUGUCUCCAAACAUGAAUAAAUUGGAUGUUAUUGAACACAUAGAUUUAUCUUGAAACCAAAUUGUUGGAAAUAUUCCAACCAUCAUUGGAGCUUUCGAAAGCCUAAGUUUUCUUGACUUAUCAAGGAACUCAUUUCGAGGAGAGAUUCCACAAACUUUUGGAGACUUAAAGGGAUUGGAUAUGUUAAACCUCUCAUAUAAUAAUCUCUCUGGUUCAAUUCUUAAGUCUCUUGAGGCACUUUCAUUUCUCAAGUACUUGAAUGUGUCUUUCAAUGAACUAUCCGGAGAGAUCCCAUCAGGUGGGCCUUUUGUGAAAUUUACAGCUGAAUCAUUUUUAGGAAAUAAAGCACUUUGUGGGAAUCAACUUUUCGAUGUUCCACCUUGUCCAAGUUCUGCAAGCUCCAAAGGAUUAAGGGUGAAAGAAAUUUUGCUUAAAUAUUUUCUACCUGGAAUUAGUUCAAUUAUUAUCCUCCUAGCACUGGUUUAUAUGCUGAGAAGAUAUCAAGAAAGUAAAAUGCAAGUUCCAAGUUUACCUAAUGCAAUGCCUCUGUUGGAGCAUAGAAUGAUAUCAUAUCAAGAACUUUGUCAAGGGACAAACAAUUUUUGUGAAAGUAACUUGCUUGGAGCCGGAGGUUUUGGUUCUGUGUACAAAGGAGUGUUGUCUGAUGGGACAAUUGUUGCUGUCAAAGUUCUAAAUUUGCAAUUGGUUGGUGCUUUCAAGAGUUUCGAUGCUGAAUGCAAGGUGUUACAAACAAUCCGACAUAGAAAUCUUGUUAAAGUCAUAAGUACAUGUUCCAACCCCGAGUUUAGAGCUUUGGUCCUGCAAUACAUAUCGAACGGCAACCUUGAAAGAUGGUUAUACUCUCACAACUACUGCUUAAAUCUUCUUCAAAGAGUAAACAUUAUGGUUGAUGUUGCAUCGGUGUUGGACUAUCUCCACCAUGGUCAAUCAGAACUUAUCGUUCAUUGUGAUUUGAAGCCCACCAAUAUCCUUUUAGAUGAGGACAUGGUUGUACAUGUUGCUGAUUUUGGCAUUGCAAAAAUUUUAGCCAAAAACAAAGAUUUCAUACAAACCAAAACUCUUGGUACACUCGGCUACAUCGCACCAGAGUUUGGGUCUGAAGGAAAAGUAUCCAUUAAAUGCGAUGUUUAUAGCUAUGGCAUAAUAUUGUUGGAGAUGAUAACAAGGAAGAAGCCUACCGACGACAUGUUUGUAGGAGAAUUGACUUUGAGACAAUGGAUAAAUGGAUCACUUCCUGACAAAAUGAUGGAAGUUGUGGAUGACGGUUUAUUAAGAAUAGAACAUGGAAGAGACGUAAUUUUCAUGGAAAGCAUUUUUUCGUCUAUAAUCGAAUUAGGCUUAAAGUGUUCAGAAGAAUUACCUGUUGAGAGAAUCGAUAUCAAAGACGUGCUUGUCAAGCUUAACAAAAUCAAAUUGACACUUUCUGAAAACAGAAACAGGGGUGCUCGAUAUCUUUGAUAUGGGUUUUGCAUGUUUUUUCUUUUUACUUUUAUAAAGUUCUUUUUUUUUUUUUGUUCUUUUUUUUCUAUUCAAGUAGAGAAAAUAAGAGUUACAAAAGGUAGUUCUUUUUCACUUUUUAUGUAGUAGUUAAGAGUGGUAUGUAAUAACUUUGUAUGUCUUUUCAUGUUUAAACAAAUGGUUUGGGAUUUCCUACCAUCUUCUCCCUGUGACUUUUAUCAUCUUCUUUCUCCUUAUCAUUCUCUAAAUU